UUUAAAAAAUUAAAAAUGCUCCGUAUUGCCUACCUCAGCGCCAAGCCUUGCAUGAAAAAUAUAAAAUUCUGAUGCCUUUCACAUUUUUUCAUGAAUUUCCAGUGGAUCUGUUCCGUUGCCUAGUCAAUUCAAUUGAGGACACGAAAAAUUGAAAGUCAAUUCAACUCAAAAGUUUGUAGUUUUUGACUUUCGUUGGUGUCUGUGCACAGAAUCGAAUCAACUAUACGGCACAAAGGAACAAAAAGGAUUCGUAUAAGGUGUCAUUCCUGACAACUGUGCAAUGUUUCGAAAUACUUACCAGUCCGGAUUUCUCUCCGUAUUUUACGCAAUCGGGUGCAAACCUUUGAGCAUUUGGUGCUCCAAGGUUAUAAACGGUCACAUCAAACGCAUUACGGAUCCUUGCAUUCGCUCAGUGACGCUGGAAAUUGUUGGGAACAAUGUUACAACGACGUACAUCUCCACACCAAUUUGUCCUUGGAAAAGUCUCGGAAUUCGCCUUCCAUUUCUGGUUCUCAUCGUCAAGAAUUUGAAACGAUACUUUACAUUCGAGGUGGAGGUUUUGGAUGACAAGAACUUUCGGCGUCGCUUCCGGUCAAGCAACUUUCAGUCAUGCACUCGAAUCCGUCCCUUCAACUGCACCAUGCCUUUGCGCCUUGAUGAUGGAUGGAAUCAAGUACAAGUGAACCUGGCAGAUUUUACCCGUCGUGCAUAUGGAACCAGUUUCGUUGAAGCAACCCGUAUUCAAAUCCAUGCAAACUGUCGAUUGCGUCGUGUCUACUUUUGCGAGCGGUUGUACGGAGACGAGGAGCUUCCUGAUGACUUCAAAGUCUUUGUCCUCAACGCAACCGGAGUCAAGCCAGAAGAUGUGGAACAUAUGUAACGACCGUGUCUGUUCUAAAAAAACUAUUUUGAAUCCGACCUAACAAAAAAUGGGAAGAUAAAUUUUCUUCUGUCCUCUCUGAAUUUUAUAAACUAUUAGAAUUUUUAUUGAUGCUCACGAAAGUUUGAGGUAAAUAAACUAACCUCGGGAUAUAUGUAAAAAAAAUGGAUCAUUUAUUCGUAAUGAUUUAAUCGGUUGUAAUAGUUAUCGCAUGAUAAUCCCAGGAUAAAAAGGUUGUAAACUUUAAAUUCACUUUAUUACUUCAGUAAACUUUUGCAGACAAAGAUGGGUUACAAUAUAAAAAACCAUUAGUAAUCAUUAAAAUCUGUAAUUCUUAUUGCAAGUAGGUAGUCCAAAAAUAACUUUUUGUUAAAGAUUUUUGCAUGGAACAAAACUCCAUACAGAUUCCAUGAGUUUGGUGGGUAAUGAAUGAGAGCAAAGGGUUGGAUUCAUUUUAACACUGUCAGUGUGGCCGAGUGGUCUAAGGCGCCAGACUCAAGAAAAAUCUUGCCAUACACAGUAUGGUCUUGUAGAAUUCUGGUCCUCACUGAGGGCGCGAGUUCGAAUCUCGCCGCUGACAAAAUUUUUUGCUACCAAGAUUUUGCAUGCAAAUUGCAAUGCAAUAAUUCAUUUAAGCAGCAAUCCACUGAACCAUUUUUGCAUGCAAUUUACGGAGAAGAUUUUCAUGAAGAUUUUCAUGAUGGAUGAAGCCAAACACAUGAAUGGCUUGGGUCAUGAUGUGUUGAUCUUGCAAAAAAUCUAGAACGAAUAAGCCUGGCGUACUAAUUGUAUGUGCAUUCUUAUGAAUCUAUUUAGCCUUAAAUAAAGAUAAAAUUAACCACUUUGAAAAGCUGAAUAAAAUAUAUUGUUUGAAAAUUGUGGAAUAUGUGGAAUAUGAUGUGGAUAUACCGACGUAACAAAAAUUUUUGAACACAGAACGGACUGCUAUCCUAUUAGGCGUGUCACCUAAUUUGCAUAAAUCUCACUGUGGCCAUUUUUACGGACUUUCCACGUUAAAUAAACUACGAAUUCGUCAAAAUAUGCAAUUAGGUGAUUAGCACAAAUAAUUUGGCUAUAUUCAUCUAGCUAUUGGUUUCAUCCAUCAUGAAAAUCUUCUCCGUAAAUUGCAUGCAAAAAUGGUUCAGUGGAUUGCUGCUUAAAUGAAUUAUUGCAUUGCAAUUUGCAUGCAAAAUCUUGGUAGCAAAAAAUUUUGUCAGCGGCGAGAUUCGAACUCGCGCCCUCAGUGAGGACCAGAAUUCUACAAGACCAUACUGUGUAUGGCAAGAUUUUUCUUGAGUCUGGCGCCUUAGACCACUCGGCCAC